AUGAAUGCAUGCUACUAUCCUUCUAAAAGUUAUUAUUCAUUUCCAACAGCACAAAAGGCAUGCCAAAAUAUGAAUGCCACUUUAACUUAUGUAAAAACAUUUAUUGAAGAUGAAGUAAUAAAAACAAUUGUAGAAUAUACCUCAGAACAUGAAGAAUUUUGGUUAGGAGGCCAAAGAAAAGCCUCUGACAAAAAUUUUUAUUGGCUUGAUGGAACACCAAUAACAAAUAAUCAUUUUGAAAAUUGGAUGAUUGGAUAUCCAAAAAAUAAUAGUGGUAAUUGUGUAGCAAUGAAAGUUAAAAAUUUAGCUUUAAAUGGAUUUGUAAAUGAUAAUUGUUUAAAUAAUAAGAAAUUUAUAUGUGCUAUUUAUAAUUACGCUUUAUUACCAACUGAAAAUACUAAAAGUUGCCCUCAAUCAAAUUAUGAUGCAUCUACUAAUGGAUCAAUAAGUUCUCCUGGAUACCCACAAAAUUAUCCCAAUGAUUCUGACUGUAUAUAUUCAAUUGUAGCUCCAGAAGGAAAAAAAAUAGUUUUAACAGUUAAUUUUUUCCAAACUGAAAGUUGUUGUGAUUGGUUAUACAUUCAUGAUGGAAAAAAUUCAAAUGCUAAUAAAAUUGCCAGUUUACGUGGAUAUGUUCCCAGUGGAACACAAUUUGUUUCAUCAGGAAAUGCAUUUUAUAUUCGUUUCACCUCAGAUCAAAAUAAUAGUGAGAAAGGAUUUAAUAUAGGAUAUGAAAGCAUUUGA